GUGCGGAGAUAGACAACUGGACAGUCUGGGUACUAAGAGAAAACCUGAGAGACACGAAAGAAAGGCAGUGUAAUACCAAAACAGGAGAAAAGAUAUUCAGGUUAGAAGAGGCUGCUCUUUGCAGGUACUAUGAGAGGCUUGCUGUCCUUCACAGUCCUUGCACUUCUUUUGCUGGUGCACAGCUCCCAGGCAGUCUAUGUCCAGGAUGGCGACUUGACAUUCUCCCUUGAAUCUGUGAAGAAGCUAAAGGAGCUUAUGGAUGAGAACAGAGUCAUUAACCCUCGCAUGGUGGUUUAUAAGGCUGGGUAUUCUCUAUGUGAAGAUAAAGAUCUCCCUGAGGUUUUCCAACCUGUGUGUAAAAGGAAAGAUGCACCUAUGAUUUUCGAGAGGCUGUACUUGAUUGCCGGUGAAGCUGAUUUGUGUGAAAUCUGUGCCAAUGCUGCCUGCUCUGGUUGCUUUUGAAUAAGGAUGAAACACUCCAAAGACAGUGUGCCAAGCUAGGAAGUUUGUGCAUUUGUAUUGCAAGAUCACAUACCCUCACAAAUCACUAUUUAGGCUUCGUCUUCACCACAGUCAAACUGAAGCUGUUAGCUCAUGUAGACAUAGUAAGAGUAAUUUUGAAGUAGUGAGAUCAGGUAAUACCAGCAAUGCAGUUCUGGUAACAGGAAGACCAAGCUUCAUGUGAGAAGCUGAAGAACCAUGAAGAAAGAGGCUCACACUGAGCGUUGUCUUGCCUUGAGCCAUGCCUGAGUUGUGCAUCUGUCUAUGUGAGCUGUGUCGUGGUUGACUGGAGUGAAAAUAUCCUGGACUCGAUGUUUCAAUUUCCAUUAAUCUGUCUGGAUUGGAGCACAAUGGGUCAAACUGAGUAGUCUCCUCUAGCCUUUUAAUAUCUAAAUCUCCGUGUGAUCUGGCUUCCACUACACAUAUACACCUAAGCAGCAUAGGGUUGUAAUCUUUUCCAGCUCAAGCUCUCCAGUUGGUUGGAUGAAUGUCUGUGCCUGUAGGUCUGGACAUGGUAUGUGUUUGAUUGUAACAGAGCUGUAACAUAUAACUUGGGGACAAGUCAUAAGUGUUUAGCAAUGCUUUAAUAGCUAGGAAAUUCUCCAUCUGUUACUUGUGCUAAUAUUUAAUGCCAAUUUACUGAACAGAUGUAGAAGAGCACAGGAGCUAGUAAUCUUUUGCUCAUGGUUGUACAGAAGUUCCCUUCUUUUGGCAGAUGUUCGUUAAGCUCUGUUUAGGAAAAAGGAAAUCCAAGCUGCAAUGCUGGAAUCACUUUGAAAGGAAAUCAUUGCCUUGUCUUUAUUUUUGAGUGGCAGUUUGUGAAGAAGAGGUCUACUGAUGUUUGUAUGCUACUGUACAUGAAAUAAAGGUUAGAGACAA